AUGCCCAAAUCAUCAUCCAGACACGCAACCCCCGAUAACGAAAACGAUGCUAGCCUCGCAACGCCAAGGGCAAAGCCCCAACCGCAUCUCUUGCCCUCGCGCGCAAGCAUGACCAACAUCACAAACUCAAACAUCUCCAAACGCAUCCUACCGCCUCACCUCCAGUCCGCUUCCAGGCCAAAGCUCGCCGCCUCCGCCUCCUCCUCCCACAUCCGCAGCUCGGCAUCCUCAUCCUCCUCGGCCGCCACAGCAGCAGCCACUCCUCAGCCAAGGAGGAAGCGCACAGACGCAGAGCCCGCCAUGGUCACUCCGCGUCCCAAAUCCUCCAUCCGCGGUCGUCCUUCCGACCUGCGCUCCAUGCACUCCGUCGCAGACAUCUCCAGGCUCACGGCCGCCUCCGACGACUCCUCCCGCCUCCUCGACAUCGAGCCCAUCAAGGCCUAUCUCCGCAUCCGCCCUCCGCCCGCAGAGGCCACUGCGCGCCCUUACAUCGAAGUCGUCAGCGACACCGAAAUCCUCAUGCAUCCCCCUGCCCAGCACGCCUACCCAACUGGCAUCCCCGCCAGCCGAUCCCGCACCACCAGCAUCGCUCCCCCGACCAAAUACAUCUUUUCCAAAGUAUUUGGCACCCAGCACGACCUGCCUUCCGCCGCACAGCAGGAUCAGUCCCAGGCCGCCUUCUUCAAGCACACCACCCUUCCGCUCGUCAACGCACUCCUCCAGGGUGAGAGCGGCCUCAUGUUCACCUACGGCGUCACCAACUCCGGAAAGAGUCACACCGUCAUGGGCAACUCCUCCCCCGGCGGCGCAGGCAUCCUCCCGCGCGCCCUCGACGUCAUCUUCAACUCCAUCAACGACCUCGAAAGCUCCGCCAGCAUCGAACCAUUUGGUGCUUCCGGCGUGAGACGUCUGGAAAAGCGUACCGCACACCCAGACGCCUCCCCCACCCUCGGCGUCAACCCAUUCAUGAUCCCCAGCGUAUCCCGCAGGCUCCUCGCCGAAACCCCCGCCCGAUCCGCACGCCCCACGAAGCUCAUCGAGCACGACGACACCAAGCUCACCGUCGAUCGCAAUCUGCGCUACAGCGUCUUUGCCAGCUACGUAGAGGUCUACAACGAGAAACUCUUUGACCUCCUCGACGUAUCCCCCGGCGCCACCAUCGGUCGCUCCGAAUCCGUACGCGGCUCCAAUUGGAGCCUCGCCAACAUGGCCAACGCCGCUCCCUCCUCCCUUCCCUCCAGCGCAAGCAGCAUCACCCUCAACAGGAAACCCCUCAGCCUCAAGAGGGACCACGAAACUGGCGCCAAGUACGUAGACGGUCUGCGCGAGAUCAAGAUCAACUCGGCAGACGACGCUCGCGACCUCCUCCAUCGCGGCCAAGAGAACCGCGCCGUCUUCGGCACCAUGGCCAACCGCGCCAGCUCCCGAUCCCACGGCAUCUUCACAAUCAAGAUCGUCCGUCACCACGGCGGCCUCGCAAACCUCUCCGACGACAAUCUCGAUUCCUUCUCCACCGCACGUCUCAGCAUCGUAGACCUCGCAGGCAGCGAACGCGUCGCAAACACCGGCCUCUCCGGCGGCGAUCGUCUCAAGGAAGCGGGCAACAUCAACAAAUCCCUCAUGUGCUUGGGACAAUGCCUCGACACGCUGCGCAAAAACCAGAUCCGCAUCACCGGCACCACCGAAGGCGGCCAGGCACAGACCGUCAAGCGCCGCCUCAGCAUCGUCCCCUUCCGCCACUCCAAGCUCACCGAACUCUUCCAGAGCUUCUUUGUCGGCGAGGGAAAAGCCGUCAUGAUCGUCAACGCAAACCCCUACGACACCGGCUUCGAGGAGAAUGCACACGUCAUGCGCUUCAGUGCCAUCGCGAAGGACGUCGCCGUCGCCCGCCCCACCGCUCCCAUCACAAAGAUGCUGCCCCCUCUUCCAGCACACAAGGAGAAUGCCACCCCUGCCUCGCGUGCCCUCUCCAAGUCAAAGUCCAGCGUCGAAAUCGCCUCCUCCGACGUCGAGACCAGCGCGAGCGCAGACGUCACCAUCAUCGAGGACGACGAAGACGCCGACGACGACGACGAGCACGACCCCUUUGUCGACAUGCUCGUCGAAAAGCACGAAGAGCUUCGCCAAAAGCUCUACGCCGCCGAGCUCCGAUGCGCCACCAUCGAAGCAGAGGUCCGCAGGGAGAUGGUCGACCAGAUGGAGCAGAGGUUGCUCGAGAUGGAGGACUUUUACAACCGUCGCAUGAUCAACGAUGCGGAGGAGAACGCCCAAUUCAUGAACCGCAAGAUCGACCUUCUCGUCAGCACCAAUGCGCGCAACGAGCCCGAUCUCGUCGACGACAGCGACGCCGACCAGUCCGAAUACACCGACGAUGACAGCGAGUCUGGCCACGAAGAAGAGGCCGAAGUCGAAGGCACCCUUGCUGCGUCCAAGCCAUCCGGUGUCGACCACAGCAUGAGCGAGAUCAGCGGAGGCGAAAGCGUCUUUGACGAUGCUACCGAGGGCGAAAUCUCGCGUUCGCUGCACGUCGACGACGACGACGACGACGACGAGGAUGCAUCGGACAAUGAAGAAUCAGCCAUUCUCAAGCCAGGAAGGCAGACUCGCGCCGCACUCGUAAAUUCUGCGAUCAGCAUCUCGUCCGGCGAUUCCAUGCCCAACGUAGACGAAGACGACGCCGACCUCAGCCAGGCUAGUGACGAUGACGAGCCCAUGUCCUCGGACGGCAGCGAUGCAGAGGACGAAGAAAGCGUCGAUCUGUCCGCAGCCCAAGACUCAGAAGACUCAGACAGUGACGCCGAUGAUCUCGUCACGCGUUCUUCGCCAGAGCGGGGCGUGCGAGUGACCGAAGUUUACGUCGAGAUUCCUGACGCCAGGGACGAGUCGAUGCACAGCUCGUCUGCCGCCGCCGAGUCCUCUGACUCGUCCUUUGACCUCGACGUCGAGUCGGAAAGCGAAGAAGAGGCGCCUCGCCCACCUCCUCGCAGAAAGUCCGGACGUCCCAGCACCGUCAACUCGGCCCGCAGCAGCACCAGCACCACCAACACGGCGCGAGGUAGACGCUCGUCCAACAAGUCGCGCAUCGCCCCGCGCGACGCAUCCAUCCUGGCCGAGGCGAGCGCUCUCACCGAUCUCAGCGAUGCAAGCAUGGUCGUCGAAGAACGCGUCACGCCCAAGAAGAAGCGCAAGUUGCGCAAUAAGACCGCCAUGCAGGAGGACGACUACGUCGAACAGAUCGGCGACUCGAGCCUGGUCGAGGCCGUCUUCCAGAACGCAUCCAGCAACAGAGCCUCGCGCAGCUUCUCCAGCAGAAAGUCCGGACGUUGA